AUGACUGAUCGUGAGAAUAAAAAAUAUGGCUACGGAUUACAAUUGGCAUCUAGGCAAUUACAGGAAAAUAAGGAGGUUGUUUUAGAGGUCGUGAAAUUGAAUGGCGAGCAGUUGUGCUAUGCCUCUCAAUCUCUCAAAAACGAUUAUGAAGUGGUAUUGGAAGCUGUCAAACAAAAUGGUCUUGCUUUAAAUUAUGCUUCCUAUGAGCUUGCUGAAAAUAAGGAAAUUGUAGAUUUCAUAUUGGAGGCAGUUGCACGAAAUUGCAAAGCUUUUAAAUUUGCAUCUGGUGAAUUGAAAACUGAUCGACAAUUUGUGUUACAAGUGGCCAACCAACAUGUUGGAUCACUCGAAUUUGCUUGUGAUGAAUUACGCAAUGACAAGGAAUUUAUGCUCACUCUGAUUGAACAAUGUGGUGGUGUAGUACUUGAAUAUGCAUCCCAUCAGUUGCAACGUGACAAGGAAGUGGUCAUGAAGGCAGUGAAGAGUUAUGGUUGUGCGUUGCAACAUGUCUCCACAACGGACCUUGCAUACGACAAAGAAAUUGUAUUGGAGGCGGUCAAACAACAUGGAUCUGCAUUGAGAUAUGCGUCUGAAGAGAUGAAACGAUAA